AUGGAAUUAGCACAAGUGCACACCCUCAACUUAAGAGGCGUCCUCUCCGUAUCAAAGAGGAUCAUCUUAGCCAGAUACUGGCACUUUAUCUCCUUAUCUCUCAUCUUCUUCCUCCCUCUUUCUUUUUAUCUCAUCAUCAGCCCCACCCUCAUCCACCUCCCCAAACACCCCUUCACCUACGAUCAUCUAAUCGCUUAUCUAGUCUACACCCUAAUCGUCUACGUCCUCGCCCUAUGCGCCAUCGGCACCAUCACCUACAGCACACACCAUGCUUUCUUCGGUGAGCCCGUCAGCUUCUUAGACUCCCUCAAGUCCCUAACCUUCUCCUUCUUCCCGCUUGCUUCUACCGCGGUUUUAGCUCAUGUUCUUAUACUUGUUACCUCGUUAAACUUCCUCAUGUUCGUUGGAUCAGUUCUUAUGUUCAUGAAUAACUUAGGGAUUGUUUUAACUGAUUACAACUCGGUUUACUUCAUGUGGUUUUCGGCCAUCAUGGGAGCGAUUCUAAUCACGAUUGUUAUAUAUUUCUACGUGGAAUGGUCGUUGGCUUUUGUGGUGGUUGUGGUCGAAUCGAGAUGGGGAUUUGCGGCUUUGAUGAGGAGCUCGUAUUUGGUUAAGGGGAUGCGAUAG